GGUCUCUUCUCUCUCCUCUCAUUACGCUCAGAACCAAUCCUAAAUCCUAAAACGGGGAAAAGGGCAGGAACAACUACAAAACGAAAGUAUAACAGCAUUAGGUGACGAACGUAACAUAGUUUUAAGUUUUCUUCCACGAAAACAUCACAAUAUUCACACAAAUUCUUCAGUUCAGGAUUCUGUCUGCAUAUCCUCCAACUCUCUGAUCGCAAACAGGCCUUUUUUUCUGUUUUCUCCAGUUGAUUGUGAAAAGUUUUUUGAACAUUUGCUAUGUUCAGAAGAGCAAUGAUCUUCCAGUGCAGUCUGUUACUGAUGUUCCUCUGUGGCUUCGCUGUCUCAACAGAGACAUGUGGAAAAGAUCAACAAGUGGGAACGUCCUGCAUCAUGAAGCUACCAGAAAAAUACAACAACAAAUCUAAUGAAAUAAAAUGGGCCCAUUCCUCCAGUGACACCGUAAUUGAGAGAAAAAGGGGGAAGACAAAGUCAAACACUCCAGGUUUAACAAUGGAAGAAGAUGGAUCAUUAAGAUUUCAAAGUGUUAGUCUGAAGGACACGGGCACAUAUAUAUACACUGUUACUAGUUCUGAUGGUACAGAGAUUGCUAAAGAUAAAGUGGAAAUUAAAGUAUAUGGCAGCACAAACACCUACUUAGCCAUCCUAGCCGGCGGAGGAGCCCUUCUGCUGCUGCUAAUAUGUGUUCUCGUCAUCUGUGUGUGUCGCAGACGCCAGCGACGCAAAAAACUCCAACAAGAUAAGAAAGAGUUCAGGCUAGCAUAUACCCCAGGUCACACCGAGGCAAACAGAUCCAUACAAACCACUAAGGAGAAACCAGUGUCCCCCACCCUGCAAGAAGACCCCAUGCCCUGCAGCCCGUCUCCGCAAACCCCGCCUCAACCCAAACCCCAGAUCCGUGCUCGACCCCCACCACCACCUCAAGACAAGGAUGAGGAAAAUCCGACUCCCAUACCUCUCCCGAGAACCAAACACUGAACCAAGAGAAAUCAAGAGCCGUUACUCACCAAUAGAAUGAGACGCUUGAAUGUUCACUGAAUGAUAGUAUAUGGGACUUUCCUGAAUGAUUUCAUUUCAUUUUCAAAUUACACAGAUGAGUAAAGAGAGCCUCCUUUAUAAUCUCUGAAGCUGUCAGAGUGUGAAAACCCCCGUUUUAAUCAAUGAAUCAGAAUAAACUUCACAAUAAACCUUUUAUUUAAA